CCGGGCUCGCCUCGGGAUUGCAAGGAGGCGGGCGGGGUAGUAAAGAAGCCGCUGGAUCCAUCCGGAUGGUCGCCGGCAGCAGCAGCAGCAGCGACUCCGGGACAUGCAGAAGAAUCGGGGGGAAGAAUAAAGGAGGGGGGAAAAAUGAAUGAAAUCAAGGAAAGCCUUCGGAGCAUUGAACAGACGUAUAAAAUCUUCCAGCAGCAGCAGUUCACCUUCAUCGCUGCCCUGGAACACGUCCGAGAGAACGCCCAUGAUAAAAUUAAACCCGUGUCCAGCAUCGGGCAGGUGCAGACGUACAUGGACCACUACUGCAACAACACCACUGACAAGCGCAUCCUCCUGAUGUUUCUCAACAUCUGCUGUGAACUGCACAAGCUUUGCCAAAGGCUGGAGUCCCUGCACCCUGGAAACAGCACCACCAAUGCCAUCUUGGAGAAGUGCAAGAUGUACGUCAGCCACAGCAACGACCUCAGUGGCCUCCGGGCUAAGUACCCUCAUGACGUGGUGAACCAUCUCAGCUGCGACGAAGCCCGGAACCAUUACGGCGGGGUGGUGAGCCUCAUCCCCAUCAUCCUGGACUGCAUGAAGGAGUGGGUGGCCCACACGGAGAAGCUGCCGCGCAACAUGCUCCAGAGCGUGAGUGCCCGCAAAGCGGCCAUCCUCCAGCAGAUAAACUUGCCAACCCGGACCAAGAAGGGCUUCGAUCUGUCAGGCCGGCCCACCUUCGUCACCGAGGCUUGCCAGACCAAGCUCAGCUUGGUGGAUAAGGCUCAGAAGCGGGAGAAUAGGCGGGCGGCUAAAAUAAAACAGAUGGGCGGCCUGGGGCGAGCCAUUCAAAAAUUUCUCGACGGUCCCUGGAAACCGCCCGGUAAAAAUGCUUUUUGAACCCAACCAAACCCAACUAAAUAGAGGCGUUGUGUGAGCUGGAGGGGGUAGGAAAGCGGCACGACCCACACACUUGCAUGGUGUCUAGAAAUUAAAAUUAGUCUCCCUGGAACUGCUUCAGCUUUUCUGAGAACGGUGCAGAAAAGACAGGCCAUGCUCGGUUGGGUCAAUCAGCCGUGGCCCUUCCCUUCAUAGGAUCAUUUUUCACAGCCCUGUGCCCCGGUUGUAGAUCACGGGAUGACCUGGCUGGAUGUGGAUCACAACCCGACUCCGAUUUGCAUUUUUUUGUUGGUGUAAAGGCAGGAGCCCAAGCAGCGAUGAACGGAAUCACCACUUAAGCCAACUAGCUUGAACUCAAGAUUGCGUUGGCCAACGGGUCAAUAGAGACGUAGGUUGGGGAGUUAGGAAGACCUUUUCCCAUGGAUGAUUCUGUUUUUUUUGGGGGGGGGGAGAUCAGAAAUAAGAUUUCACCUGUCAAAAACCUGUUGAAUUUUGUGGUCUGAUUCUCAGUUGACUCGGGGGAAGUCCCCAUCAAGUCAAUCUUGUUGACUUUAGAAGCCUGUCCAUACUUGGGCAAGUUAUCAGGCCGUCUUCCAUAAGGCAAUCCACUUGGAUCGCUCGGUUCCAAGGGCAACUAGAUCAAAUUCUACCUUCCAGCCAAAUCUCCGCCAUGCUCCUGGUCAAAACCACGUGCAGCCCUAGAGCCCGUUCCCUUGUGUAGGUCCCCACUGGCUUUCCAAACCUGAUCCCAGAGCAGAUGUACUUAAAUCAGGACCUCAGUGAUCAGGGAGCAGAAGAUAAGCAGAUUGCAAGAUUCAAUCUGAGUCGGUCCCCGGGAUGCAAAGGUUUAUUCUUCCAAGGUUUCUGCCUUGUCUGGAGCCCAUCCUCAGGGAAUGUGUGCACUGGGCACCGCAAAUACAACAGGUAGAACAGCCCAGUGCACACAUUCUGGAGAUAGCAACACGAGUCCAAAAGCUUGGAAGAAUAAACCUUUGGUCCCAGCGACCAACUCAGAUUGGAUCCUGCAACAUUUAUCCUGGAAGACGUAAAUUGCAGAUUGUUAAUAUUUGAGAAGCCACCUUAUAACCAGGUUAUGCAUUUUGCAAACCAAAACCAACAUGUGUUGGAAAGCUGGAACUUCGCUAUUGGAAAACUCCAUUCUCUUCCUUCUCGAUGUCCACAGGGGCAGAAAACUUUUUUUUUAAAAAAAAGAUGCAUGCAAUAUUCGAUCUCCCAGUUCUGCUCUUUGGGUCUGAUUGUGGUUUUGUGUUUUUUUCUUCCACCUUCUCACAGGCUUCUUAAAACUACCUCUGCCUUUUUUUUGCUUCCAACCCGAAGACGCUUCUGAAUAAAGCCAUUUCCCUUGCAUUUAAUACUCUUUGCUAAAAUGUUCACCAAAGGUGGUUCGUGGCCAGUAGAUAAAACCCUGUAGGGACCCCCGCCAGCCCGCAUUUUGCAUUGGGUGUGAGAUGCUGAACCACAAACUAACCACGUGGGGGUGGGUUUGCUGGAGCGACCCGUGGUUUGGUUGACCGAAAGCUUAGAGCAGUUUGGGAAAAAAAUCCAGAUUUUCCUUGUACAGGUAGCCCUCAACUUGACAAUGAAAAAUCCUUCUUGUUAAGCUUAAUAAGGAUGGGUGUUUUCUAGACCACUGUGGUUUUUCUCCCAAAAGGUCAUCUUUGUCUCAUUCAAGCCAUCCUGGAUGUUUAUUUCUGGGAUCUUCUAAACCAGAAAAGUCCUCGACUUACGAAAAUUGAGCCCAAUUGGUUGUUAAGUGAGUUUUGCCCCAUUUUAAGACCUCCCUUGCCAGUUAAGAGGAUCACUGCAGUUAUUUAUUUUUAAAUCUGGCUUGCCCCCCCCCCCUCCGACUUUGCCUGUCAGAAAGUCGCAAAAAAGCAGAGUCACGUGACUUCGUGAAACCGCGAACGUCCUAAACCGGAGUCAGUUGCCAAGCGUCCAAAUAUUGAUCACGUAACCAUCAAGGAUGCUACGACUGUUAGGUGUAAAAAACGGUCUCAAGUCAUUUUUUCCAGUGCCUUUUUAACUCUGAGCCGUCGCUAAACGAAGGGUCGUUGAGCUGAGGACUAUCUGGAAGAGCCAGAGGUGUUUUAAUGGUGGGACCGCUGUCUCUGCAGACGGGACUCACCCUUAUCGGAGCUGUGUAGAGUUUAGGCGAGUAUCUGCCAAGAACAUUGUAGGCACUGAGAAAGGAUUGGGACUAGAUCAAGGCUUCAAUAUUCAGGCAUUUUGGGGGGUUCAGCAAAGAGGGAACGUGUGGGGUUUUUUUGUGGCGUUGGUGAAAGCAAGUAUUAAAAACCCUACUUUCCCAUGGAGGUGCUUGGGAAUGCUUCUUGUAGCAUCACGGUCUUCCCACCGAUCAGAGGGUACAGGUAAUCCACAGCUGAUGACAAAUCGGGAAUGGAACGUCCAUUGCUACGGGAGGCCGUGCUUAAAUGAGCCGCAUCCUUUUUGCCAUGGUGAAGUGAGCCACGUGGUCACAAAGCAAAUCCAGCUUCUCUUGCUGGAAGCUAUCUGGGAAGGAUCGCGCAAAGGGUGAGCACGUGGCCCUCCCGGGACGCCGCAACAGGUAGCAAAACACGCCAGUUGCCAAGCCCAAUUUUCAUCCCAUCGUUGUGGAGAUGCCCUAACAGCUGUUAAGUGUUAAGGCCGGUUUUUUCCGUGUCCUGGUAACUUUGAACAGUCACUAAACAAAUGGUUGUAACUUGAGAACUACCUGUAUGGUACCAGUCUUAAAAGAUUCCCCCCCCCCCUUUAAAAGCAAAAACACGUUUCCUUUUCCUAGAAAGCCAAAGCGCACCAAAGAUAGUUGAGCGUUUCUUCUCUUCGAAAUCAAUAAAUAAUUGAGCUCUUCCAACUCACACCUCCAGGUCCUGUGGCGUAAAAAAAUGUUUAUUAUUUAUGGUUCUGUUUAUAAAACUACUCUGGCUAUUCUGCUUAGCACAAGAAAGCAAGGGUGGCAAUUUAUUUUUCCUUUUGUAUCUUGCUGGCUCUCUCUCUCCUCCGUAAUACAUAUUUAAUCAGUUUGAUCCAGGUGAGACAGACUCUUUGAAUAUUAAACUAGCGUGGAGAC